GUUGGACAACAUCGUCAGGGAUACACAGCGCCUCACACUACCCAACACCAUAGGAGCACUGUGGGAGAGGUAUGAAUGAUAGAUCCCAAUUGCCUGCACCGAUUUCCCAAAGAUCCAGACACGGGUGACGGGUUGCGGGAGGAGACCCCUACCAAAGACGACCUUUUUGGGCAAAUCAGAACGUGCCGCCACUUCUCUUGGUCCGUGCAUGAUUGAUUUUGCCCCUCCACUUUCGCUCGGUAGUCUGUUAAUUCACACUUCCUGCGCUCUGAGAUUUGACGAAUCUUGCUUCGCAAACAUCAUUCUCUCAAUCAUCCUUGGACACGAACAGCAAACAUGGCGGACGAUGCCCAGCAUGAGCACACCUUCGACAGCGCCGAUGCUGGUGCGUCCGACACUUUCCCCAUGCAGUGCUCUGCUUUGAGGAAGAACGGACACGUCUGCAUCAAGAACCGCCCGUGCAAGAUCGUCGAAAUGUCCACCUCGAAGACUGGCAAGCACGGUCACGCCAAAGUCCACUUGGUCGCUGUCGACAUUUUCACCGGCAAGAAGAUGGAAGAUCUGUGCCCGUCCACACACAACAUGAACGUGCCCAACGUGUCUCGCCGCGAAUUCCAGCUUCUCGACAUCACCGACGAUGGUUUCCUCUCCCUCAUGUCCGACGACGGUACCACCAAGGACGACGUUAAGGUUCCCGACGGUGAAGCCGGAGACAAGAUCAACAAGCUCUUCACCGAGGAGGGCAAGGACACCAACGUUAUCAUCCUUGCUGCCAUGGGUGAAGAGGCCGCCAUUGAUGCCAAGGAAGCCCCCAAGGGUUAGAUUUCCUGUUAUUUUGUUCAAAUUGUCACGAAUCCAAUGCGACAACGAAGCUUGUAUGCGGACUCGAGCGUCAUUUAUGGGUGUACGUCAAAAGAAAAGGGAAUGGGAAAUGAGGGCAUGGAUGGUGUUGUAGAGCGGGUCAAUUGGACUUUGGUGUUCUCUCUGAGGAUCAGCCGCGAAGUCCUUGCUUGCAUCAUGAAGCGGCUCAUAGGCUUUGCCCAGCGAAUCAAUCACAAUGAACAAGUCCAAAAGUUACG